AGGUCCUCAUUGAUUCCUCUACCCAUUGAAGAUUCGCCGAAUCAUUUUGAACAAGAAGUUCUCUAUGCUCAUUUCGGUGAUGUACCCCUCAUGCUCAUCUUCUACCCAACAAUCCCAUGUGUAUGUGUUGAUGUGAUUCCAUGUCUUCACAGCUGUACAUCUUACAUUAUCUUUCGUCAUGAACUGUGAUUCAAAUCAACCGCAACCCGAUUCGCAACAUUACUUGUUUCUCUUUCCCCGCCUCCACCUCCACACUUACAAACACAUGAGUACAUAAUUACCUGCUAUGAUGUUGCCAACUUCAGCUUGCUCGUUCUCGUGAACGCGUUGCACUCGUUGCUUGCCGUGACCGGCGAAGAUGCCUCCAGUUGUAAGCCGCACAGGACAUUGAUUUUCCUGAGAUUUGACACCUCUUGCCUUACUACAGUUGCCUUCGGUCGAGGUCGUUCGCCCUUACGGAAAAACGCGGCGUCAGCAACACCUCCGUGAAAAUGAAUCCGGUUUUGGUGAUUCUGAUCCUCAUCCUUGCGGUCUUCCUGAGCAUCAUCGCGGUCUUCGCCCUUGAGGAUCGCAAAUACCUCACUUUCCCGGCGUGGUGGUGGAAAUUUGACGAGGAGGCGUACGAGCGCAAAGGCGAACCGCCCGAGAAUGAGGAGGAGGCGAAGCGAAGAAACGAGAAAAACGGCCUGCACAAGCUGUGGCUGCGCCAGAUGGCCUUCUGGUACUGUUACUACAAAAACGGGUCUUUCCCGAUGGACAAGAACCUCAUCGACCUGUUCGAAAUGGCCCACGAGCUGCGGGAGGAGGUGCUGCAAGAACGGCGCCUGGAGAUCCUGGAAUCGCGCGGCGCGGAGAAACAGCUGCGGAGGCUCUCCGUCUUUGACGAGUAUCAGGAUCAUUUGUUUAUGGCGAAAAUGGAGAUCGGCAACGCGGUGCUCGCGGAAGCGACCGACCGACAGAGCCGCCGGCAUUUGACGAAAAUGGCGGUGGAGGGGAAGGAUAAAGAAACCCGCGACGGGGCCCGUGCGACGCUCCACCGACUGGAACUGUUCAGCACGACGAGGUUCGUCGCUACGCAAACCGACUCCGGCAUCGGCGUCGCAAACGCGAAGUUGACUCCCUCGCAGAUCCACGAGAAGCAGAAGGCCGUCGCGCUGGCGAACAAGAUGACCAUGGAGCGCUGGUUGCGGAAUUUCGACAGCACGAAAAAGUGGCUCUCGAUCGUGUUGCUUCAGGGCAUGGAGAAGAACAACAACCUGUGGAUGCUGGACAAGCGACCCACGCACUACUGCUUUAUCGACCCCAACGCGAUCGUCUUUCAAACGUUGGAGGAAUUCCAGGUCUGGAAGCGCAAGCAAGACGAUCUGAACGAGGAAAAGAACUUCAACGCGCGAACCGGCAGAAAGCAGAACACGCAGAACGCCGAUUUGACGACCGGCUCGGGGGCUAUGCAGAAGGGUCUCUUCAGUCAGCGGGUUGCGUUGAAACAACUGACGGACCCGACCAAGGACCACAACCGGACAGACAUCUUCUGGGGAAAUGACGUGCCGGUGGAGCAACUGAAGGAGGCGGUAAUUUAUUAUUUUUUGGCGUUUUCUUUGUGGAUAUCAAAGCCAGUGAUGUAGUCUUGUUUCAACUUUUGCGGGAUCUGAGGGUAGAGCGAAUCAGUAGAUCAUACUCGUCACCCUGGUUGAUAAUGAUAUUGGCAAAUGACCAGACAUGAAGUACUCAGGUCUUUUUAUUGCAACAGCAAAAUUUGGACGCAUCUUCACAACAGGCCCCUCCGAUGGAGACGAAGAAGACGUCAAUUUCCGCUGCGCUGACGGCUUGUCCGCGCAACGUGAUUGAUGUUCUGGCGGACAGCACUAGCAAGGGCCGGAUGGUCACCUUCUCAAACCUCCCCCUGCCUCCGCAGGUGUUCUGCGCCUUUGAGGUCACGAUUCAGCAGGUCGAGUACAACAAAGUGUUGAUUCGUGGCAUCAAGAAACGGCUCCGGGAGCAGAUCGCGACCUUUUUCACCGCGGCGCGACUGAAGGGCAAACUCGCGAAGGUGCGGAAAAACAUCGCCGAGCGGGAUGCAGCGGCCGCAAACACGAACCCGCUCGCGCAAAGCGCCAUACAAAAUCGCAUCGCGAAAGCCAAGGGCAAGGCGAAGGCGAAGCCGAAAGCAGGGAAGUCCGGCGGCAUGAUGGGGGCCUUUGAGGGCGCGCACAAAGACGAACGUCCCUGGUCAAGUUCUAGCGGGGAAGCGACCUUGAUGUCCGGCGCAAUCGAACUCGGACAAACCAAUUUGCUGUGUGAGGAAGCACCGCCCGCUGAGAAUCUUCAAGACGACCCAAAUGCCGACUUUGUCGACCUUCGCGUCUUCCGGGGAGAAGAUGAAAGCAGAGCGGUUUUGGACAGAAACUUCAGAACAAAACCCUCCUGCAGCUGCGGGCCCGGGGGAGCACUCGAUCGCUCGUGUCUGCAGCAUCGAGGAGGUCGCGCGGGACUUCGACCUCCGCCGGCAAAAACUACACUUCUAGAGGACGAUGACUCGAUGCAGACCUCUCCUCCGGUCAGUGUGAAGUACGGUGUGAACGAAGUGACCAAUCUCCAGCCACUGCUGGAUGAGCUUGAGCGAAGCUACGGCGCCGGCGUCAUGGAGAACGAGACCCGACGAAUGAGCGCGUUCGAAGAUUUGCAGAGCCGGCUUCAAGCCCUGGAGGAGUAUGACAGCACCGAUCGCGAAGAUUCCGAAAGUAACGGGAAAUUCCUCGAAUCGGAAACGGACAGCAGUGAUGAUGACGGCAGUUUUUCUACUCGUCAAAACAACGGUAACAAGGUUCUCGACUACAGGCAAGCGUGGGAGCAGUUGCACACAAUCGAUGAGGAGACCGACGAGGACCAAGACACUCUGGUCGAGGGCUCGCACUUCAUGUCAACUUCCGCAGCGUCUCGCACCGGUUCGAAAGAGGAUGCUGGCGGCAGCGGCACCGCCCGCUCGGGCAGCAGCUCCAAGGAGGGCGGUUCGGCCAAAGCACCCUCUGCUGCAGGAAGCGACACAAAAGCAAAAGCCAGUGCCGCAGCGAAGAGCAAGCUCGGGAAGUUAUUCGGGGCCAAGAAAAAAUCGGACGGAAACGACACUCCCCGAUCGCACAAAUCAGGGGAUUCCGGCGGCAGUUCGGAACGGGGGAAGAAAAAGCUGCUGGCCGCUUUUGGCGCGAAAAAGAAAGGCGAGGGUCCCGCAAGAGGUGCUGAUGCGGUCGCUAAGCUGUUCGGGCUGAAACGCCCGGCGAAAGAGGAAGAAGAAGAGAAGAAGGCGCCCGGCGCAGCGCGCAUGUCCGACGAUAACCUCGGGCAGGCAAAAAAGGAUGUCUGUCCGCACUGCGACCUGCCCCCCUUCGUCAUUGGUAUCGCGGCGAAACCGCUCGACCACCGCAGCCCGCCGCAACUGGAAACCAAGACGCCGAUCGAGCCGAAGUUUCAAAACAAAAUCGCGACCCACCUGCGCAACUUCUCCGAGGACAAGAUGCCCGGUCAUUUUCCGAUCUCGCUCGGGUUCGGCUCGGACGGGCUGAUUCACGUGCAGGAGGGCAUCGGGGACCGCACGAAGAAGUACUACAAGACGAAGAACGGGCAGCUGCGACAGGGAGACACGCUGACGGUUUUGGUGGACCGGAUGAAGGGCAAUGUGUUCUUCUUUCGCAACGGGAAAAUCGUCGAAAUGGAGCAACAGGUGUCCGAUCAGGCCUGGGCCGACCUGCUGGAACCGGAGGCGAAGAUGGACGGCUGGGAUUCGCACUACGAGGACGGCGUGCAAACGAAAAUGCGGGACCUGAUGCUGCAGCAGAAGGAACAGCAAUGGAAGGAAAUGUUCUACAGCGAGCUGGCCGAAGAAGCCUUGGCGAAGGAACAGAAGAAAAAGGAGGACGCCGAGGCGCGCGAGGAAGCGCGCAUGGAGGCGGCAGUGAAGCGACAGACCGAGGAGGACGAGCAGCGCCGGCUCGAGAUGCAGAACAGCAAAUUUGUGGUGUUCCUGAAAAAAUCGCUUGGGAUCAAGACCAAAGCGCUGGACGACGGAAAGGCGAAGUCUGGCGUCGCUCCAGAAGAACAGGAAGACGAGGAGCCCGCGCUUGACGAAAACGCAAACAUACUCGCGUCUGCGUCGCCGGUCUCUGCCAAAUCGGAGAAAAUGUCAGCCUCGCCGAGUUCCGCCACCUCAGCCAAGAUAGCCACGACUACAGAAGGCCAGCAUGCGCGAAUCGACGAAAGCACAACGAGAAAGACUGGUAAUCAUCGCGCAACGUCUCCAACUGUCGACAAUUUUUCCAGAAGAAAAACGAACAAAUUGCAGGACGGCGCACACAAAAGCGAUCCGCAAGACCAGGACGACCCUGAACUCGAGGAUGAGGAAGGCGGCCAGACCCGGGGCACGUCGGUGAAUUUCGAAGGAGUUGGCUUUGACCCCGAUGAGCAGGUUAGUCUCGGUUCCCGGGAGAGCGAAAGUCGCAUGAUGGACGAGGAUGGCAACAUGGAUGCGAGCGGGACGAGUAGCGCCUCGCCACUGGGCUUGAGUGCGAGCUUGGGCGUCGAUGAAGGUUCAGCGCAGCUUGAAGAUCCGGCGACUGCGCAUGCACGAGGUCAAGCGACCGGCGCGCCGCUUGAUUCCAGCGGGAGCACCGAGGACGACGUGAAGGCGCGUCGGGUCACUUUCGGGCAGCAGGACAGCACCGAUGCUAUCAUUCCUCCUUCCGAGCCCGAUGCGGAACGCCCGGCCGCCUCAAGUGAGGAUCCGCUGGAAGAUUCGCAAACUUCAGACACGUUGAUGCGCGGGUUCAUUCGGCGCGCUUCCACGCUGUUCGUUCCCUUGUGGCGGAAGAAGGGUGGAGGCUAUGACGACGGCGACGAGGAGGACGACGGAGAGGAGGAAGACAAGCGCACGCGAAUCAGGCGCGUUUUUCGACGCGGGGUGCGCAAAAUUGCCAACAAGCUUCUGUUUUGGCGACCGAAGCGCGGGGGCGAUAGCGAUGACUCCGACAGUGAAGAGGACGACGACGAGGACGCUGAUGGGCAAUCUCGCCGGGGGAGUGGAUUUUUCGGAAGACGAAUCAUGCGAAGUAGCAGCAGUGGCAGUGCCGGCUCUUCGGCGGAUGACCUCGCGGAAGGUGCGGAAGGCAGCGGUGGUGGUUCUCCCACGAACAAGCGACUGCAACGCCGAAAGAGCACCUUGGAAAAUCUGAUGGAGAAGGGCUGGAACAUCGGUUUGCAAACGAUGGAAGACCUUGAGAGGGAUGACGACGACGGGGGCGAAGCCGGCCCGGUUGACCCGUCAUCCGCGGAGGGUGGUGGCACUGCUGGUAGAAAGCGCCCGACGAACUGUCUCGGGAGGCUGAAACAUGUGCUCCGAUCCUUGUUUCUCUUCAUUUACAGGAUGAUUAUGAUCGUGGUGUUCGCGGUACGUGUGCUAGUGCUGAAUCGCGAAAAGGACCGCGACGAGCUGCGCUUGCUGCGCAACCCAGCCCGGGAGAAGCAGCGGCGGCUAGAGCAGGAGGAGCGCGAGCGCGAGAAGGAGGAGCGCUUGCGGAAAGCGGAGCAGGGCGUGUUCACCGAAGCCGAACUUUUGGUCUUGGAUAAACAGUCUCUUUCCCGUCGGCGGGCGCAGCGCGACCUGGAUCUGACGCAAGAGCUGGAAGAGAACUUGCACCAAGCCCUCGGGCGGCAAACGCGGCACCACAUCCGGCUGCCCAGCGUGAUGCUGCUCGACGUGCGCGAUUUGGCGCACUACGUGGUGUUGGGCACGGAGGAGGCCGCGCUCCGCUUCGACGUAAACCUCGGCACGUCCGAAUUCAAGAUCCGCAAGAACGCCGACCAGCUCGUCACCGAGCUGCGGCAGCAGAAGGAAGCCCUGGAACGGGAAAAGGAAAGGUUGGCGCAGCAAAAGCAAAACGAAAAUAACGAGGAGGAGGACCCCGACGCGCCCCCGAUUGAAUCCUCGACCAGUAAAGAGUCCCUGCCGCGGGUCAACCAGCGGGACAAGGACAUGAGCAUGUCGCAAGCCAUCGACGCGACCCCGCUGUACACUUCGGAAAACCUUGCGCCCCACCACAUCGAGGCGGACACGCUGUACGUGUGUGAGAGUGCGGACCGCGAGGCGAGGGUUCUGGGCGCCAGCAAGCGGUGGGAGGCGGAUUUGGAGCGGCGCACGCAGCUGGCGGAGACGCUGGAGGUUCUGUUCGAUGAGAGCAAGAAGGGCGACACGACACUCCACCUGAAGCGUGCGGACGCGGUGAAGGACCGACUGAGUGACACGAAUCGCAUGCCCUUCGGCCAAGAAACGCUGUUCGGGGAACGCGGCGCGUUCGCGACGCGCACCAAGACCGCGCGGACCCUGGACGCGAUCGCGAUGUUCAAAACCGAAGUGAAGCAGGUGGUGUACCGCGAGAUCAAGGAGAUCGACGCCGAGCAUUGGCAGGGGAUCUACCACGUGAAGGGCCUCGGCCGCCGCACGAUCUUACGCGCGAAGUUUCUCUGGGAGGUUUUGAUCUAUCGGCACUGGUACCGGCUCACGCAAGGGAAGACGGAAGAGGAGAAGGUCGCCGAGGCGCUCAAAAAAGACGGACCGGUGGAGCUCAUCGGCGACGUGCAGGCCAACAUGGCGGCUAAAUUUUACUACUACGCGCAGGCCUUGGACACCAUUCGGAUUCCGCGUUUGAGUGAACGGAUUUUGGCCUCCGCGAUCGUGGAGAACCACCAGUUUGGGGAGUGGAUCGCAAAAGCGAAGAAGCGCGAAGAAGAUUUGUUCAUCACAACGCACAAGCUCGAUGCGAUGGUCGUCGACCAACGCCGGCGCGAGGGCGGGACGAGGGAAGCGCUUCUCGUUUUGGACGCGCUUUUGGAGGAAAGCAAAGCGCGCAAGGACGCGUUCAGCGUCGCUUUUCUGUUGCAACAGGCGUGCUACAAAAACUACUUCGAUUCCCAUUUGGGCGUCACGCCGGAGACGCGCAUGAUGCGCGACCACGUGGUUCGAUACUUCUCCCACCACGCGCCGUACUUGCUGCACCAGCUGGUCACCCGGCGCGACCCGGUCGCGUUGGAAAAGUGGACGCACGGAAAAACGUUCUCCCACUUUUUCUUCGGACGGUUGAUGCCCUGGACCAGUAUGGGUUUUGGUCUGAGCACGCAGGAGUCGUUCCUCAAAAUCGUGCUCGGCUUGGAGCAAAAGGACCGGGACGAGCGGCGGACCCGAGCCUGGUUGCGGCAGUCACAAUCCGAUGCGCAGAUGGACGACGACCCCUUCCAGGAGUUCGACGCGCGAAUUGCGAGCUUCACCAUUGCGCGCCGGCAGAACUGCCGCUUCCUCACUGCGGACGUGGAGAAGAACGCGGCGGAGCGGGCCCACGAGUGGCUCGAGACUGCGCAAAACAGCCGGGGGCUGCAGCGCGCCCAGGACAGCAAAACGAGUUCCGGUCGGGACGACCCGCUAGUGCGGAGGUAUGAGCAUACGACCGCGACGAUGACAGACGACGACCAGAAGGCGAUCACGUUCAAGAGGACCAUGGAAACCUACCCGCUGCACCGCUCGCAGGAGGACAUCCGGCGGUGCCGGAUCAACGGGUGCCGGUGCAACUGCUACGAACCGAUGAAAGUGAAUGACUACCAUAGCACCGACGCGGGCCACGGGCACGUGAACGACUUCAAGUACAUUUGCGCGAACUGUGGGCAUUUGGAAGUUUAUCACCGCCAGCCGCCGGGACAGCGACUGUACCACAAACCAUACCCGAAGCCCGGGCCGAUCGAUCUGCUCGUGAUCCCCGGGAAACAGAGUAAGAAAUUCCUGAAGCUGCCCAGCAUGUGGCGCAAGGUCAAGGACGAGACAGGGCAUCGCUUGUACUACAACCUGAAAACGCAGGAGUGUCAAAACGAACGCCCUUCCUCAGGGGCCAUGGGCUUGCUAUCGGAGCACUUCUUCAAGAGCAGCAAGCGGCCACCCUCGGCGGAGCGGUGCAAUACCUGUGAGAGGUGGCGCAGCGUGACCAGAGUGGUGGUCAGAAAAGUGGAAACGAAGAAAGCAGUCGAGAAAAAGGCGGUUGAGAAGAAAGCCACGGCGAAAAAGUCCCGCCGAGGUACAGGGAAAAAGCUUUUGUAGAGUAGGCGUUCACUAAAGGGCUCUUGUGAUUGUGGGUGCGUCCAAGGUUUUUACGUUGGAACUUUGCUCACUUUCACAUCACUCCUUUACGUUCAGUGGACCAUUUAUUUGAAGAAGCAAAAAGUAGUUUCCAUUUCCAAUCAAAGCAUUUUUGCAAUGAACCCAUUCCAACCUACGCCUAACUGGCAAAGAAUCAAGAAGACUGAUGUUAUUCCGAACGCACCAAGACGACCAAGAUUCGCACGAUAACUCAGGACCACGAUGCGAGCA